AUGACGGCUGCAUUGGUAGCAAUAUUGGAUCGUAGGAGAAUAAGGAGACGACAGGCUGUCCCAAGAGUAAUCCGAGAUCGAAAUAAUCCACUUGAUUUCAUGAACGAUGUGGAGCUUCAAAACAAAUACAGACUUGAUAGGGAUGGUAUAUUGUAUCCGUGUAACAAACUGCAACUGGAUCUCGAAAGGUCUACACGUAGAAGUGGGGCAUUGCCACUUUCACUGCAAGUGAUAGCUGCACUACGAUACUUUGCCACAGGAAGUUUUCAGGCAGUUACUGGAGAUGUUCACGGCUUAAGUCGUUUUUCUGUGUCACGAUGUGUACACACAGUUAGUCGCUCCAUAGUUAACAAACUGAUGAAAAUCCAUAUAAAAUUUCCUCGUGAAAAUAAUGAAAUAAGAAGUGUUAAAAGGGACUUGUACAACUUGGCUGAUUUCCCAAAUGUACUUGGAGCUUUGGAUGGUACCCUGAUCCCUAUCAAAGACCCCUCAAUUGACGAACAUUUAUAUUUCAGCCACAAAGGGUACCAUGCCAUCAACGUGCAGUGUGUGGUAUCAGCCAAGGGCGUAUUUUUAGACAUAGUGGCAAAAUGGCCUUGUGCAACGCAUGAUGCACUGAUAUGGAGAAAUUGUGAUCUUGCGCAACAGUUUGAAACUGGCCACAUCAAGGAUGGGUGGUUAUUAGGAGAGUCUGGAUACUCACUAAAGCCAUGGUUGAUGACUCCAGUCUCAAACCCGACCACUAGGCAAGAGAGAGCCUACAACAGAUCACACAAAAUUACAAGAUGCUCUUGUGAAAGAGCCUUUGGUGUGUGGAAGUCUCGCUGGCGGUGCCUCCAUAAAUCAGGUGGUGGUAUGAUGUUUGUUCCCGACGGAUGUGUGUACGUCAUUGUUGCUACCGCUGUACUGGAGAACAUAUGUAAAGAAAGAAAUAUCCCAUGCCCUGAUAAUGGUGAGGAUGAAUGUGAAAGCAGUGACGAAGAAGAAGAGGAUGACGAACAUGACGCCACUUAUCAUCAGCAUCUCAGGGAUGGAGCUAUUACAAGACAGCAGCUGAUACAAAUAUAUUUCAACAACUAA